AUGGUUAUCUCAUUCUAUAAAAUGAUUUUAUUGUGGGCAUUUUUCUUUGCAGGCCUUGUUAAGAGCAUAAAUUUACCUUACUCCGAAACAGAAAAGGGAUCUUCAGGCAAUCAGCUGAAUAAAGAUAAAGACAAAGACAAAAAUAACAACACAAUCAUCAUAAUUGUUUGCUCUUCAGUUGCCGCUCUUAUAUUACUCGUUCUCCUCAUCUACAUUAUCUGGUGCUGCCUCAAACCAUGCAAAGGUGGCGAAGAAGUCAAUACCACACCAUUACUUGUGUCGAUUAAUAUGGCUAACAAGAACCAAACAAUUCCAGAAAGAGAUCCAAUAAAGCCUCUCGAAGCAAGGGAUGACUCCGAGAAGUUCGUUGAUCCAGCUGUUGAGCAAAAUUACAAUAAUCAAAAAUCCGCACAAGCCAGGCAGAAAGAAGAAGAAGAACUUCAUGAACCAGAAGUCAAUGAGGAACCUAUUGUCAGAGAAAGAUCUCUUCCACCAAUGGAAGAAGAGCCAGUUGAUCCUGAAUUGCCGCCACAAGAAGAAAAUCCACAGGAGGCACAACAACAACCAGAAUCACAACCACAACAACAAGAAUUACAACCACCACAACCAGAACCCCAACCACAGCAGGAGGAACCACAACAAGAAUCACAAACACAACCAGAGGAACCACAACAACAGGAGUCACAGCCACAACCUGAAGAAACAACAGAAAAUCAUGAGGGAGAAGAGAAUGCUAACCAAGAAGGUGAAGCAGAAGAAGAAUACGAAGAUGAUCCAGAAAAUCCAGGACAAAAGAGAAAGAAAUUGGAGCACCACAAUCGUCCAAAGGGUGAACAUAUGUAUCUUGCUCCAUUACCUAAAAGGAAGAAGAGAGAAGGAUGGACAGUUGAAGUUGAAGGAACUCUCCUUCUUUGA